GUUGGACUGAGUUGGACUUUUUUUCUAGGGUAAAGGUUCAAGCUUUGAGCUUUUUCAAGGUGCUUCCUUUCUGUCUCUCUCUCUCCCCCGUUAGACAGACGCAACGCCAUUGGGAAGAAAAAUACCUACAAGUCUGUGCAUAUGGCAGAACCAGCAGAACCACAUCAGGGGAAGAAAAAUAGCUCAUUAUUUCAAGAUGAGCCAAUUGGGGACAAGAUGGAUUUCACCUGUGAUCCAGGGACCAAAAGGCAAGCUAAAGUUUUGGACUCGAUCUUUGAUACAGGAUCUAAAGGCUUGAUAGGUACAACCAUUAUAGCAGUGGUUGGUAAGAAAGGAACUUUUAUCGCAUCAGAUGGAAAAACCUCCUGUAAUAAUGAAAACACCAAGGGUCUUGUAUUAUCAUGGGAUUAUCCAAAAAUAGUUUCAAUUACAGAGUACAUUAUGGCCACGAUUUCUGGUGGAGUGAUUGAGAGCGAGAGGAUGAUAGAAACUGUUACAAAGGAGGUUGAGCAGCUGUCUUCUAAGGUGGAUAUGAAAGUAGUAAGGAAGAGAUUUCAGAAGUAUAUGGACAUCUGGAAGAAGAAGAAGAAGGAUGAAAAUCGCAACGAGGAAUUAUUUCCGGGGCUGGUGCUGGUGUAUGGCUAUAGGAAAGGUAAAGCUUAUAUUUACUCCGUUGCCGCUGAUGAGUAUCUGGAAAGUGACACAGGAGUGUUUGGAAGUGGCACUGGUUAUAAGAAGGCAAAGGAAUAUAUAGAGGAAAAAUUAAAGAACCACAAUGGAGAGCCAACUACUAAUGAUUAUAUUGAGUGGCUAAAUACGGCUGUGGCAGUCGCCGCUUUACGUGACCCAUUGUCCGGAGGUUAUGUCAACUUGGCAAUUGUUUGGAAAAGCAAGAAAAAGAUGAAAAAGAUGAAAAAGAGAGGAGGACAUAUUACCAGGGGGGACCAUGUGCUGCAAAUUUUGGGAAGAGAUUUUGAUAAGUUGGAAAGGUAUAUGGAAAAGGUAUUCAUGGUUGUAACUUAUGGGAUGAGCUACAGUCUAUUUAACGAGCUGCAGUUCAAGAAGGCUAUUCCAGACAAUAUGGAAGGAGUUGAGACUGCACACCUACUUGCUGUAGGUGAAUGCAGUGCUGAGAAUCCCGAUACCAUUAUAACCCGAGUAGUUGUUUUUGACAGUGCUGAUGCUCGGUCCUCUUCUCAAUUUCAACCUGGAGAUGAGGUGCUUGUUUUUUCGGAUGAUAACUAUGAUUGUGAGCUCUUCAUGCCCACAAGUGAUAGGAUUGCAAACUUGUGCAAUUUUCUUCCAUCAGUAGAAUAGGAUAUUUAGACGAUCCAAAAGAAGAACAGGUUUUCAUACUCUGUCUCAUGAAGAUGAUAGAAUGUUUUUGUUAUCAAUGUGGAUGAUUCCCUCUUCCAUCAGUAGAAUAGG